AUCCCAGGGACGGGGCAGCCCAAUGGGCUGCCGUCUGUGGGGUUGCACAGAGUCAGACACUACUGAAGUGACUUAGCAGCAGCAGCAGCAGGCAGUGGGCAGGGCUGGUACCCAGCAGCUACCGCCCCACGGAGCUUCACUGUGUGUGUCCCCGUCGUGGACUCUUGUGUCGCUGUGGGUUUCCUACUGUGAUGUCAGCCUCUCUGACACACACAGUUUUGUGCACGUGUGGGAAUGUUUCUUUGGGAUUAGUUCCCCAAGAUGGAGUUUUUGGCUGGAAGGGAUGUUUUCAUUGAGGGAUAUUGAUGAGUUUCCCAUCAGGAUAUCAAAAUGUCGUUUCACACCCUCAGCAGCAGUCAGGGACGUGAGGCUUUGUCUUUGUCAGCUCUUGAUGUUAUCAGUCUCUCAGUCUUGGGCAAUCUGAUAGGAAAAAUGAGCACCGGAUUUUAAAAAUUUAAAGCCACAUCGAGCAUUUCUUAGCGUCUGUUGACUAUCGUUUCUCUUGUGAACCACCUGUUCGCUUACUCGGUCAGUUUUUCCACUGAGUUAUUCAUGAUUUGUUGCUUUGUAAGAACAUUUUCUUUAUUAGGACAGUAGCUGUGUGCUCUGUUGUCGCAGAUAACUUUUGUUUAUCUCUUUUCUAUUCUUCACUUUAUGUAAGUUCUUUUCGCUCCAGAAACAUUCAAAUAGCCUCCAUCUGAGUUGUUUCUCAAAAUGUGUAUGACCAUAACUGAUUUUUUUUUUUUUUUUGGCAUUUGAGCAAGUGAAGGAGUGUGUGACAGGCCUUCUGAUUUCCUACCUGAUUAUUGUUCUGUUGCUUCUUCUGUUGAUUCCUGAGUAGAUUUUGGAUGUUUAUUUAGGGCUUACCUGGUGGCUCAGGUGGUAAAGAAUAUUUUAAUAGAAAAUUAGUAAUUUCUUUCCAUAUUCUCACAUUUGUUAAUGUAGAGCUUUGAAGAACAUUAUAUUCUUUUAAUUGCCCUUACUUUUGUGGUCCAUGGACCUAAUUUUCCCCAGCUCCUACUUUAUUUUUUGUUUUUGAUUAGGCCAGCUUGUCAAUUUUCUCAUUCAUUGGGCUUAUCAAAGAGCCAAUUAUUGACUUUAUUUACCAAUUUUGCUGGGUUUUUUCUCAUUUGUCGUUACCUUUUAAAAUUCAAAUUUAAGUAUUUUAAUGCUUUUUUGGUUACUUCUUGACUUGAAUGUUUCACAUACUUGUUUUCUUUAUUUUUAAUCCCACAGCUGCUUUCCCUUUCGGCUUUCUGUGUGUCCCACACAUUUUGACACAGAGGGGUUCAGGAGAGGUUUGCAGUUGCCGCAUGAUCUUCUGCCCCAGGAGUUGUUACGAAGAGUUUAAAAUUUUUAAAAUGGCUGAACUUUUGUUCAUGUUGUUUUUGCUUUCACUUGGUAGUUUUUGCUGUCACAGUACUAUGUCUGAAGCUUGGAAGACCUGUGCUGUUUCUGAUUUAUGGAACUGUUAGAGCCCAUCUUUGUGGUCAGCAUGUAGCCACCUAAUGUUCUAUCCUUAGUUUAGCAAACUGGCCAGUAUGGGGUUUGACGUGACAUACUCGAUAAACCCUACUUCUUUAUUCACGUCUACUAUUACUGUUUUUGCCUUUUUAAUCUGCUAGGUUUAAGAGAGAUUUAAUUCUCCCAGAUCCAUUUUGUCUCUUGUAUUUGUCUCAUGUAUUCACUGGGGUGUUUGCUUUAUGUAUUUCGUUCUGUGUUAUUUGAUUUAAACAUGUAGGACAGUUUCAUUCUUGGUGGUUUCUUUUUUUACCCUUGUCAUUAUAAUACGACUUUUGUGCAAUUGAAUACCUUUUUCAAACCAUGAAUUAAACUCUUAGUGAUAUUUCUAUUUUCACUCUUGUUUAUUUGCAUUUUCUGUUGUAUUUAAUCUAUAUGUCAUCUAGCUUUUCUGAAUUCCUUCAUUUGGGGUGUCUUUUGUACAGGACAAAGAGUUGGAUUUAGUUGUUAAGCCCUUCAUUGAGUCUUUUUAAAUAAAUAAGUUGAUUCCAUUUAUAUUUUUUGCUGAAACAGAUUUAUUAGGUGUUCUUUCCUACAUAGAAAAAACUUUAAUCUGAUUUUAUGCUUUCUUUUUAAUUUAUUGGUAAAAGAAUUAUGUUUCUCUUCUUUAAUCCUUGAAAUGAGAAGACAGAUAGAAGGUUCAGUGUUUUCAGUUCUAUCAAUGGUUAUAUUUAUAACUUUUGCUUAAACCCCUGUUUCUCAAUUAUGGACUUCAGUAACAAUAUAAGUUGACUUCCUCUUUGGGGAGGAUGAAGAAAUGAAAGCGCCUGUGUUCCCUUCCUCUCUUUCUUCAUUUCUUCCCCUCUCCCCACACGCUAUUGUAAUUCCUUUUCUGCAUGUGGUUUUAGUCUACAAUUGUUAAUUUAUUAUUUUUUAUGUUGGAUAUAAUGUCUUGCAAGAAAUGUAGCAAUUGCAUGUUUAUAUAUACCUCACAAUUAUUUAGACUUGAUUCUGUCUACACAUUUCUUUGCCUGUUGGGUUCAAUGAUCAUUGCCAGAUUUGUUUCAUUUUUGUUGUUUUGCGUGUGAGUUCUCUGAGUCACCUGUUUGACUGGAUUCUUUUUCCCAGUAGAUUGUAAGGAGGUUGUGGUGAGGACUGGGGCCCUUUUGGAAGCUGGUUCUCUGAGAAGGAGAGGGUGCUGGGUGAGGACGGAGCUGUGGGCCUCUGUCAGAGCCUCAGAGAGCCUCGAGGGCACGUGGGUGCAUGCGUGUGUGUAUGUGUAUGUAUACACAUAUGUGUGUGAGGGCGACAGGUGGCGUCUGACAGGUCUUUAAGGGCAGUGAGUGAUCUUGAGGACGCUUGACUCUCACCAGUUAUGAGGUGAUGGGUUCUGGGUGACCCCUCGGGGCCUGAGAGGGGUCCAUUUUCAGAAGAUGGUGCGGGGCAGUGCUCAGAGAGUGUGGUCCUCCGGGCAGACUAGUUACCAUAAGACUGGAGAAAAGGGCGGCCCAAGAGGUGUUGGAGGGUGGGGUCCUGGUGACAUGGUGAUGGAUUGGGCAGGUGGGAGAUGGAGGGAGGUCCAGUGUAGACGUGGUGUGUGUGGGGCCCGGGCUCUACUGGGCCAUGAUCACUGUCCAGUUACACCACACAGCUGUGUGAGGCCAUCACAUGUUCGGGAAGAGGCCUGACCGCUCUUGCGAGAAUCCCCGGACAGCAGCAGCCUGGGCCUCCCGGGUGCCAGAAUCUUCCUGCCUCCUCAGAAACGGGUAGGUUACAGAGCACCCACUCUGCACACCGGCACAGUGAGGGCCAGAGAAGUGCAGAGGCCACGCUUCCCCAUACAGAGCCCCGCCCCCAGUGCAUAGGCCACGCCUCUCACAGAGACCAGGACUCCUGCCCCAGAGACCAUGCCUCCUGGCACAGAGGCCACACCUCCCAGUGCAGAGACCACACCUCCCAGCACAGAGGCCACGCCUCCCAGUAGUGUCCCUGCCUCCCAGUGCAGGGGCCAUGCCUCUCUUACAGAGACCAUGCCUCCUGGUGCAGAGGCCACACCUCCUAGUGCAGAGAAGGAAAACCCUGUCCAGGAACACGAGAGCGCUGGCUCCCACCUCUUGCCAGGUGUCGGCGGCUGGAGGAUACAGUCCGGGCUUCUCUCCUUUAGCACCAGGACACUGGUGUUAGAGGAUGCCUGCCUUCUAAGUGCAGGAGGUUGAGGGUUUGAUGAAUGUCGUAACUUCUGAACUGCUGAUCCAUUGUGCAUACUGGUGCUCACCGCCAGCGCCAUGCUCUCCAGGUAGGACACGCCCGCCCGCGGGGCAGGCGCACCUCUGCAGCGGGGCAGCGGGAAGCAUCUUCUUGCCUGAACAUGGAGAGAUAAGGCGCCCUCCGGCAGGCAGGCCCGCGUGACCAGGAGCUGUGCCCGUCGUGGCCAUCGAGAUGGAGCGCUCCCGGGAGGCCGAGGCGGAGCUGAGAGGGGGCCGCAGCCCGCCCAGGGCCAGCCGGAGCCCGGAGGUGGACGGGGACAGGGCGCUGAGCCACAGCUGCUGUAUCUGCGGCAAGACCUUCCCCUUCCAGAGCUCGCUGUCCCAGCACAUGCGCAAGCACACGGGCGAGAAGCCCUACAAGUGCCCCUACUGCGACCACCGCGCCGCGCAGAAGGGCAACCUCAAGAUCCACAUCCGUGGGCACCGCGCGGGUACGCUGACCCAGGGCCGCGAGCCCGAGGCAGCCGAGACGCGCGUGUCCGAGGGGCUUGGCGGCUGCACCAGCCCUACCAAGAGCACCUCGGCGUGCAACCGCAUCCUGAACGGCGCCACGCAGGCGGACACCGGCAAGAUCCUGCUGCGCAGCACGCGGAAGGAGGCGGAGGGCGCGGCGGCGGGGCAGUGCGCCUUCUGCAAGAGCAGGUUCGAGCGCAAGAAGGACCUGGCGCAGCACAUGCAGCAGGCGCACAAGCCCUUCACGUGCCGCCUGUGCAGCUACGCCACCCUGCGCGAGGAGGCCCUGCUCAGCCACGUCCAGAAGGACCACGUUGCGGCGCAGAGGCCGCGCGGCGACCCCUUCGCCGAGAACGGCAAGCCGGAGCUGCCGCCCGGCGAGUUCCCCUGCGAGGUGUGCGGCCAGGCCUUCAGCCAGACCUGGUUCCUGAAGGCGCACAUGAAGAAGCACAGGGGCUCCUUCGACCACGGCUGCCACAUCUGCGGCCGGAGAUUCAAGGAGCCGUGGUUCCUGAAAAACCACAUGAAGGCGCAUGGCCCGAAGGCGGGGAGCAAAAACAGGCCCCGGAGCGAGCUGGAGCCCGUGGCCACCAUCAAUGACGUGGUGCAGGAAGAGGUGAUUGUGGCCGGCCUGAGCCUCUACGAAGUCUGCACCAAGUGUGGGAACCUGUUUACGAACCUGGACAGCUUGAACGCGCACAACGCCAUCCACCGCAGGGUGGAGGCCGGCUGCCCGCGGGCCGCCGUCGGGGAGGGCUCAGCGCCCGGCCCCGCCGACUCCCAGCAGCUCUUCCUUCAGUGCCUGAACCUGCGCCCGGCGGCUGGCGCACCCGCCCGCGGGCAGACCGGGCGGCGCGUGGCCGAGCUGGACCCGGUCAACAGCUACCAAGCCUGGCAGCUGGCCACCCGGGGCAAGGUGGCCGAGCCGGCCGAGUACCUCAAGUACGCGGCGUGGGACGAGGCGCUGGCCGGCGAUGUGGCCUUCGACAAGGAGCGACGCGAGUUCAUCCUGGUGAGCCAGGAGAAGCGCAAGCGCGAGCCCGAGCCAGGUGCGCAGGGCCCCCCACGCAAGAGGGCGGGCGCGCCCGGGGAUCCCGCGCCUGGGCCCGCGGACCCCCGGCCCGCCGCGCGCCCCAGCCGCCGCGCUGCCGUCCCCGCCGGCCACGGCAAGUCGUCCGAGUGCUUCGAGUGCGGCAAGAUCUUCCGCACGUACCACCAGAUGGUGCUGCACUCCCGGGUGCAUCGCCGCGCGCGCCGCGACCGAGAGCGUGACGGUCCCGGCGACCGCGCGCCGCGCGCCCGCUGCGGCUCCCUCAGCGAGGGCGACUCGGUCUCGCAGCCCAGCAGCCCCGGAUCUGGCUGCGCCGCCGCCGACUCCCCGGGCUCGGGCCUCGCUGAUGAGGCUGCCGAUGACAGCGGAGAGGAGGCCCCGGCCCAUCCCGCAGCAGGGGCAAAGCCACACCGUUGCUGCUUCCCUGAAGACGUCUCCUUGACCAUGCUCUCCAACGGAGACCAAAGUCACACGCUGGGACACAGCCCGUCAGGAAGAGCGGCUGGGGAGCCCGGUGCGGGGAUCACGGCCUGCGUGUCCGUACUUGAAAGCAGCAGCAGGGAUGCGCCCAGGAGACCCGAGCCGCCUCGGUGUUCUGUGGACUUGAAGACGCUGGCGUGUGGCCCCCAGCAGGAGGGCCUGAGCCCCAGGGAUGCGGCUGACCUCCCUCCACGCCAGGCCCCGGCGGCGGGUCUGCAGCCGCCCUCCGAGAGCCAAGCCGCCCACCCCCGGGAGAGGCUGCCGGAUUUGCACACCAGGGAGCACCCCGCGGCGGGGAAGCGGGCGCCGGCCCCAGACCUGGUCCCGCUGGACCUGAGCGAGCGGUCCUCACGGGACGACCCUGGCCGCCGGGAGCCGGCCUCCUCGCUGCAGGCUGCGCUGGCCGUGCACCCAUGUCCCUACUGCAGCCACAAGACCUACUACCCCGAGGUGCUCUGGAUGCACAAGCGCGUCUGGCACCGGGUCAGCGGCCAGGCCGUGGCCCCGCAGUGGACUCAGCCCAACGGCUACAAGAGCAUCAGGAGCAACCUGGUGUUCCUGGCCCGGAGCGGACGCACGGGCCCCCCGCCCGCCCUCGGGGGCAAGGAGUGCCAGCCUCUGCCCAUCUCCAGGUUCACCCGGACCCAGGUGCCGGGCGGGGCGCUGGGCCCCAAAGGCAGCCCCUCGCCCCUGGGGGCACCCGCGAAAGCCGCCGGCCUGCCCCGGAGCAAGGAGGGCCACUCCGGGGCGCCCUGCGCGCUCUGGACGGCCGGCCCCGACGGGCCCCGGCAGACCCGGCCUGGCCCCAGCCCCGAGCAGCCUCAGCCCAAGCCCAAGCAGGAGGCCAGCCCCAGACCCGGGCCCGCGGGGGGCAGCGGGGGCUUCAGCAGGAGCGCCACCCCCACGCCCACCGUCAUCACCCGGGCAGGCCCCCAGCCCCCCACCAGCGGCAGGCAGGGGGCGGGCCUCGGGCCCCCAAAUAAGCACAGUGCCCCGGACCCCCCCAAAGCCAAAUUCAGCCCUCAGCCUCAGGGUCAGCUGCACGGGAAAGGCGACGGGGGCGCCCCUCUACCUCCCCGGGAGCCCCCCUCCAAGGCCGGCUCCAGAGGGCCCGUGGCCCCUCAGGGCCUGCCCGCCCCGCACCCCAUCAAGCAGGAGCCAGCGUCCGAGGGCCCCGAGAAGCGCCUGGACCUCCUCAGCAUCUUCAAGACGUACAUCCCGAAGGACCUGGCUUCUCUCUACCAGAGCUGGGGCGCCAGCGGCCCUGUGCUGGAGCACAGAGGGACGCUCCGGACGCAGGCCCACCAGGGAGACUUCAUCUGCGUGGAGUGUGGGAAGAGCUUCCACCAGCCCAGCCACCUGCGGGCGCACAUGCGGGCUCACACAGUGCUGUUCGAGUCUAACGGCCUCCGAGGUGCUGACGCCCGCGCCACCUCUGCAGACGCCCCCAAACAAAAUCGUAUUUUUAAAAAUUUGUAUCAGAGUGUCAUUGGUUCACACUGAGGUGUUGGUUUCUACUGCACUGCAAAGUGAAUCACGGGAGAGACCAUUCUAACGCAGAUGCUGUCCACACAGUGCCUCUCAGAAAGGGAACCUAGAGACACACUUGGUCUGUCCGGCGCCGUGACCUCGUCCGCAGCCCCCCUGCAUGUCCCGACAGCCAUCCUGGCUGCCCCGUGGGAGACCCCCCGGCCGGACACCACCUCGGCUCCUGCAGCCACCCGCCGGAGCGGAAGCUGAAGGGGGGCUUCUUGUCACGUGUCUAAACAUCGGCGAAGAUGCUCUUCUUAGAAUUAUAUGUAGAUAUUCUACACGCAUCCAUGUGCUCACCAACCGUAGUCCAUGUUUUCUUACAGUAAACGAGGUGUUGGCAGGCACGGCAGGAAUACAGAGCAUCUGUAUCGUUCAAGACAGGUUCGAGACACUGGAAAGAUGCUCGUGUGUGUCGGAUGGACUGGAGCAGCCAUGCGGGAUGUUGGAGGACCGUGGGGGUGACGUCGGCACCGACGGCAGGGGGGCAGGGGGUGGGGUGCGGACAGAUGCCCCGGCCUCUCCGCGUCUUAGUGCGUAUCUCAAAUAGUAAAUAAGAGGCAGGACGGGUGUUCGGGUGCUGUGGGAGCAGGCUCGAAGGGGCGGCGGGGGGCUGGGUGACGAGGUCCUCCAUCUUCAGGGGUCCCAUCACCUGUCCCAGCUGUGUUCCGCUCCCAUCUGUGCCCAGUGAACCCGACAGAGAACACACGGCCGUGGGAAGGCUUAGAUUGUGUUUUGGGAAAGAGUGCUAGUUGAACACUAAGAAAAGCAGGCUUUGUUUAUUCUCAGGACCUUCUGGUAACAGGGCUACAUUCUGCAAACUGCUUACAACGGAAGACUGCCCGUCUUAACAAAUGAUCUAGCCACUGAACCCCCCCCCCCCACCCCUGACCUGGACCCUUUGAGUCACAGCGGGAGAACCCCUGGAGCAGGUGGGGGGCCAGGUCACCCCUGGGUCCUGGCGCUCUGGGGCCCUCUUGCACCCGCACCCCCACUCCCGCCUUCCUGUCCAUCUGUCCCAGCAAGUAGGCGUCUUUUCUUCUCGGGCUUGGGGGCCUCCACUCAUGAGUCCCCUCGUUCCCAGAGCGUGGAGGCCCCCAGGCCCGUGGGUGGGGGCGGCUUUAUAUACCUCUUCCUCAGUCACACAGAGGCAAGUUUUAGCGGGGGGUUAAGGCCCAUAAGAAAGGAUCUUAAACCUUGCAGUGUAUGCAGUUAAAAUUGUAUUCCGCAGAGAUAAAUGUUUUCUUUUCCCAUCGCCAUGACACUGUGUGUGAUGGUGGGGUUUCUGAGACGUUCAGGUUUUUGCACAUAGUGAUCUUAUGCAUUAUCACAAGUUACUGCUGCCUUGAAUGAAAAUGUUCUGUGAAAUUUUUUGCAAAAGCUUUACUAGGUUUUUUUUUUUUUUAAUUGAAAUUUUGUAAAGGCAGGAAACGGAUUAAAACAAGCAUGCUAAAUAUAUUUUUCAAAAAAGCAAUAAUUUUACAUGUACAGAAAUUAUCCUAACCUUUAAUACUGGUGAGAGCAACAGUUUACUUAAUACAGUAAUGGAUUAGUGCAGUUUUUGUAGAAAUGGGCUUCUGAUACAAAGAGUUGUUUAAACACACACACAUACAAACCCUAAAGUGUGGUUUUCCUGUUCUAAUGAUUUGUUGAAUUAUAUUAUUAUUAUUAUUAUUGUCAUUGUUGUUGUUCUUAGUUAAUGUUUGGUUCUGGAUUCUACUUGUUACUGAAUUUAAAUUACUUGACGGUUCAGGUUACUUUGCAGCAUUUGCAAAUGAUGCAAUGUAACUGGCUAGCUUAUAUCUAUAAAUAUAUAUACAUGUAUGUACACACACAUAUAUAUGCAUAUAUGUGUAUGUAUAUAUAUAUAUAACUUUUUUACUUAUUUUUUCCUGAUAUUCCUACACCAGAUAUGUUCCAGAAUGACCUGUCGUGUUGGUGUCAUUAGGGAUGUCCGUGCAGAUGUGACCAGCGGCUGUAAUUGACUGUCCUGUCAAGUUACUUUGAACAAAGCCACAGAGACACAUUCCUUUGUUCACGCCGGGAAUCAGAAUGCCUUUCUGUCGACUUACGUUUGAUCACAUCUGUAGUCUCCCCACAGUGAUCAUUUCUGCAUUUUCUGGCUUUUAUUUUCUUGGCUGACAGUGAAGGGUGACAGUCCAGGGCCUGCUGUUUCUGUUUUAGUUAUUAAAGGAGCUCUGUACCCAACGUGGCACGGAGGAGUUGCCUAUGUGCGCACCUUCGGAGCCACAGACGGCAUCCGGGGAGCCCCUCUGUGGGCAGCCUGCUGGAAGGGGUGCGUCCUGGGGCCCCGUUGGCCGGACACACAGCCCGAGCCAGUUGGAAUACUGCUUCUGCCUGGAGCACAGAAAUAAGGUUUUCACUUCAUUCAGCAGACUGGGGGUGAGGGGCCCUCUGAGGACGCUGCCUCCGAGACAAGCCGUCUGGGGCCUGACUAUGGUUCCUUUCUUCCACUGAUCAUCAGUAUUGUAUGGGUUUGCUCAUGCGUUGAUGUCAGUUUGACCAUAGUAUUUAAUAUGAUUUGUGUUUUACUUAUUUAUUUAGCCAAUGUGGUUUGAUUCGCUUUUUCUUGAAUGAGGAUUUCCACGUGGUCUCUCCUGUAAGUCACCUUCUGACUGUUACAGACUUCCUACUACCUCUCCCGAUCUGCUGUCUCCUUGUUUCUCGACAGGAUCUUGCAGUGUUGGCGUCAGAUGUAACCUGGACAAUAAAGGGUUUGGUCUUGCACUGCGGCUUCUCCCUGUGUCUCCCCCCGCCCCGCGCUCCUGGUCUGCUGGUCUCACUCCUGCUCCUUCUGGCUCACGCCGCUUCCUUCUCGUCCAGCCCAAGUAACACAAAUGAUGAGCUUAUAGAGGUCUUUCAGGUUAUUCACUCUUAUUCCUUAACUUGAAGAAUGAACAUUUGUAUUUUCUGAAAACUCAGCCGUUCAGCACCUUCUCUGGGCAUCCGUCCACUGUCCUGUCUCUUCUCUUCCUUGGCUCCUGGGAGGCCUGGGGCCAUCUCAGACAGAUGCGUUUCCCCUGGGCUAUGACACAGUACAGAUCCUCAAGCCAAGGGGAUGGUGCCUCCUAGGCUUUGAGAAGUACUCGGUACUUUAAGAGCUGCCUCCCCAUGGCUACUUACUUACCUUUAAACCAAGAAAGACACUCCUUUUCGUGAAGAUGCUCUGGGAAACGGCCCUGAGAAUGACAGAGGCCACUUUGGUGACAUGAGGGAGCCUGGAUUGCACCCAGGAUGUCAAAAGCGUCUUCAGAUCUGCACGCUCCGUCCCAGGUUGUACACAGAUGCCCCAGGACGUGCGCGCUCUCUGAGCUGUCACCCAGCUGCAUCCUCUGGGAUGCAGGUCGCAGGUGAGGAGGCCUCUGCUGCCUCCUUGGCACCUGGUACGGGCUUGGGCACCUUCUGUCCACCAGGAGUCAGAGCGUGGCCUGCAGGGUGGCAGGUCUAGUUAGAGCGUGGUCACAGCUGCACAGAAGCCUCCUGGCUUUUCACAGGAAGCUUCUCCUCACCCACAUUCCGUCUUCAAAACAGGCAAGCGCCCCCCUCCUCGCCCCGCCCCGGGCGGUCUGAACAAUGCACAGAAAACAGCUGGGUCUCUCCAAGUUUGCUUUUCCACUUUCCAAAUGUCUCCAGGUCUGAAGUAGCGUGUGCUGUUCCACUGCUUCUCACCUGCGUGAGUUCAAAUCACAGGACAUUUUAUAUGCAGAGCAGAAAGGAAGAGAGAGGAAAACAACAGGCCGGGACUUCAGGCGAUGGUUCAGGUGCCCCCGUACGCGUGUCUUUGUGGAAUGACCGAGGGAAAAUGUUCAUUCUUCAACUUUGCUAAUUUUGCUUUGAGGCAGUAAAAUGCAAAAGACCACAGAAUUUGUAUUUCUUUUUUUAAAAUACAAUUUAUAACAUUAUAUUUUGUACUCUUUAUAUUAGAAUUUGUAACUAGAUUGAUGUAUUUAACUCUAUUUCUGAAAAAAAUAAUUCAAUGUUUCAGUUGUGUGAUAAAAAUAUUUAGAUAAGACAUAUUCAUUUUAUUGGAAAUUGAAAUCAAUAAAAACAUCUUGGAGUUCUUGA